AUGACAUCGUCAAACUGCGAUGAAAUCAUCAACAACCUGCCUGCCUUGUCAUCCGCAACUCCAUCCUUGCCGCCGCCUCCGCCUCCUCCAGUCCUCCUCCUGCGCUCUGCUUCACUGGUGGUAGGGACUAGGGAGUGCAGCAGAUCCCGUGGCCGUGGCCUGGCCCGAUCCCUUCCCUGCUCGUAUCCAACCUUGCCAUCGUGCUCUCCGAAGAGGACUUCCUCAGUAAAGAAUUGCUUUAGCAACACUUACAAUUUAAGGAAAGAGGGUUCACGUUGGAUACGAUCCGAGCCCCCCUUGUCACUAAAUAGGGCAAAGUUUGUUGGCAAGAGGACAUCUUGUUCUGUUGCAACAGAGCCGCCUCCUGCUGCCACUGAAGAACCAGACAUGGAUGCCCCCAAGGAGAUAUUCUUGAAAGAUUACAAGGCACCUGAUUAUUAUUUUGACACGGUGGAUUUGCAAUUUCAACUUGGUGAAGAAAAGACCAUAGUUACAUCUAAAAUAGUUGUAUCACCUGGAGUUGAAGCUGGCAUCUCAGCUCCACUAGUUCUUCAUGGGCGUGACCUCAAGCUGUUAUCAAUCAAAGUCAAUGGCACUGAAUUAAAGGGUGAAGAGUAUAAAGUCAAUUCUCGCCAUCUGACACUUUCAACACCACCUGCUGGCGUAUUCAACUUGGAAAUUGUUACAGAAAUAUAUCCUCAGCUAAACACAUCAUUGGAGGGGCUGUACAAGUCUACUGGUAACUUCUGCACUCAGUGUGAAGCAGAAGGGUUUCGGAAGAUUACCUUCUUUCAGGAUCGCCCGGAUGUUAUGGCAAAAUAUACUUGCCGUAUUGAAGCUGAUAAAACUUUGUAUCCGGUAUUAUUGUCCAAUGGGAAUCUUAUUGAGCAGGGAGACCUUGAGGGUGGAAAGCAUUAUGCACUGUGGGAGGAUCCCUUCAAGAAACCAAGCUACCUGUUUGCUCUAGUUGCUGGUCAACUGGGAUGCCGGGAGGAUUCGUUUGUUACAUGCUCCGGCCGCAACGUAACACUAAAAAUUUGGACUCCUGCCCAAGAUUUACCAAAAACAGCACAUGCUAUGUAUUCUCUCAAAGCAGCAAUGAAGUGGGAUGAGGAGGUCUUUGGUCUGGAGUAUGAUCUUGAUUUAUUCAACAUUGUUGUUGUCCCUGAUUUCAAUAUGGGAGCAAUGGAAAACAAGAGCUUGAAUAUAUUUCAAUCUAGACUUGUAUUGGCAUCACCAGAGACUGCCACUGAUGGUGAUUAUGCUGCAAUUUUGGGUGUUGUUGGUCAUGAGUAUUUCCACAACUGGACUGGGAAUAGAGUAACUUGCCGUGAUUGGUUCCAGCUAACCCUGAAAGAAGGACUGACCGUUUUCAGGGAUCAGGAGUUCUCUUCGGAUCUUGGCUGUCGCACAGUAAAACGAAUUGCUGAUGUCUCCAAACUCAGAAUCUAUCAAUUCCCACAGGACGCUGGGCCUAUGGCACAUCCUAUCCGCCCCCAUUCCUAUAUCAAGAUGGACAACUUCUAUACUGUGAGAUGCACAAAACAUCAACUGAUUUAUUAUCCAUCCCCUGUUGAACCAUUGAAACCUUAUCUGAUGAAUCUACCCCUGGUGACUUUGAUUAUGAAUAACUUGGCAGUGACGGUUUACGAGAAGGGUGCUGAAGUUGUCAGAAUGUACAAGACCAUGUUUGGAGCAUCAGGGUUUCGAAAGGGCAUGGAUCUUUAUUUCCAAAGGCAUGAUGGGCAAGCUGUCACUUGUGAAGACUUCUAUGCAGCCAUGUGUGAUGCAAAUAAUGCACAACUGCCAAACUUUUUACAAUGGUACUCUCAAGCAGGUACGCCUAUAGUCAAGGUGGCAUCUUCAUAUGAUCCUAGUUCUCAGACAUUCUCUUUGAAAUUUAGCCAAGAAGUACCACCCACUCCUGGCCAACCAGUUAAGGAGCCUAUGUUCAUACCUGCUGCUAUUGGACUUGUUGACUCUACUGGAAAAGAUGUGCCCCUCACUUCCGUUUACAGUGAUGGAACUCUCCAAACACUCUCUGCUGAUGGCCAGCCAGUCUUCACAACUGUGCUUCAGUUUAAAAAGAAGGAAGAAGAGUUUAUAUUUAAAAACAUUCCCGAGAGGCCAGUUCCUUCUUUGUUGAGGGGAUAUAGUGCUCCUGUCCGUCUAGAUUCCGAUCUGAGUGAGAGUGACCUAUUUUUCUUGCUUGCCAAUGACUCAGAUGAAUUUAACAGAUGGGAAGCUGGCCAAGUUUUGGCACGUAAGCUGAUGCUCAGUCUCGUAGCUGACUUCCAGCAACAGAAAACACUGGUCCUAAAUCCAAAAUUUGUUGAUGGGAUUAGAUCAAUUCUGCGCAACACAAGCUUGGAUAAGGAAUUUAUUGCGAAAGCAAUAACUUUGCCUGGUCAAGGGGAGAUUAUGGAUAUGAUGGAAGUUGCAGAUCCUGAUGCAGUUCAUGCUGUCCGUAACUUUAUUAAGAAGGAGCUUGCCUUGCAACUUAAAGAUGAUCUUCUUGCAGCUGUGAAAAGCAACAGGAGUUCUGAGGCUUACACAUUUGACCAUGAUAGUAUGGCUCGCCGUGCAUUGAAAAAUACAUGCCUUGCAUACCUUGCCUCAUUGAAUGAGCCAGAUUUCACUGAGCUUGCACUGCAUGAGUACAAGUCUGCGACUAACAUGACAGAACAGUUUGCUGCAUUAGCAGCAUUAUCCCAAAAUCCAGGCCAAGUUCGUGAUGAUGCCCUCUUGGAUUUCUAUAACAAGUGGCAGGAUGACUACUUGGUUGUAAGCAAGUGGUUUGCUCUUCAAGCUACUUCAGAGAUUCCUGGAAAUGUUGCAAAUGUUCAGAAGUUGCUGUCUCACCCUGCUUUCGACAUGAGGAAUCCCAACAAGGUGUACUCGCUAAUUGGAGGAUUCUGUGGAUCACCUGUGAACUUCCAUGCGAAAGAUGGUUCUGGGUACAAGUUCUUGGGUGAAAUUGUUUUGCAGCUUGACAAGAUAAACCCUCAGGUGGCCUCCCGCAUGGUUUCAGCAUUUUCUCGGUGGAGGCGAUAUGACAAGACCAGACAAGAUCUUGCCAAGGCCCAGCUGGAGAUGAUCGUGUCAGCCAAUGGACUCUCCGAAAACGUGUACGAGAUUGCUUCAAAAAGCUUGGCGGAUUAG